GUCAGUUGCCGAAACUCAAACCUUGCUCCGAAACCAGCAUUAUUUAUACCUGGGACAUAGAACCUCGGCCCCGGGGCUACUGGACUCCUGGCAACUAUUGGCAGUCGUUGGUGUGUGAGAGACCAAACAUAACAGCAGAUUGGACAGUGUCUUGUCUUCGAAAUUCAACCGUGUGGAUUUUUGGGGAUUCAAAUGGUUGGGCCUUGAUUAACACACUUUCUAAUCUGACUGAAGUUGAAAACAAUUCAGGGAGUUGGCCCUACCAGUUCAUUAGGAGAGAUAAAAUAAAUGGGAUCACUUUUAGAUUUACCCCUAUAGAAUACCCAGUUUAUCUAGGUCAAGUCUGGCGUCCACGUCUUCCUUAUGGAGGAGUGGCGAAACAGAUAGACGAGAUUUCUUCCAACGGCACACAUUUUCUUGUGAUCCACUAUUACAUGCAUCUGGCACCCUCACAUCUCAAUAUUGCUUAUCUUCGGUUGACAGCAGUGCGUGACGCCAUACAACGGUUGCUUGCCAGGAAUCCAAACGUGGUUGUAGGAAUACGAGGCCCGCACGUUUCUUCUUUUGAAUUUAACUUUAACCACGCCGUUGGGGGAGACAAUCUAGGAACGUAUUUGUUAGAGAUGAUACGGCACGUAUUUGUUGACCUUAGGCAUAAAGUUAUCUUUCUUGAUGGCUGGGAAAAGACAAUAGCUUUGGCGAAUUCGUGGUACCACCCCGACGAAAUGGUCCCGCUUGACCUAGCCAGAACACUUUUAACAUUCAAAUGUUCAUAA